GUUCAUUUGCUCGGCUGGCUGCAUCACAGUGACAGGUGAGAUAAGUUCAUCUACCUGCCCCUGGAAGUACAGGGUGGGAUAAUGGAGUGGUGGAGUCAACCUCUUCUACUGCUGUGGUUGACUUCAGUGGUAGCAAUGACUACACUGGGAAGUAAUACUGAGGUUGUGAAAGAGGACGCACUGCAGGUAAAGAACUUCACCAACAAGCUCCUGUGCGUCAUUCCUAACAGUUGCAACAGUUCCUCUGUUACUAAACUGGUGAUUGAGGGGAGCCUGAUUACUCUGAAUGAGACCGACAGACUAGCCCUGGCUAGUUAUCCCAGACUGCUAGAACUCCACCUGGAUGGUAACCUGGUGAGAAGUAUACCAGCAAAGUACUUCUCUGUGGUACUGCACCUCAGGGUGCUGUCUCUGUCCAGGAACAGAAUCAGCAGCCUGGACCCAGAGUCCUUCUCCGGGCUAGAUGUCCUGACCGAACUGGACCUGUCCCACAACCUGCUGACAACUCUCCAUACACAGCUAUUCAGAGGGCUGACUAAACUGCAGGUGCUGAAACUACAAGGAAACCCCUGGAACUGCUCCUGUCCGCUGCUGGGCAGCAUUGGAGAGGUCAAAGCAUUCGGAGUAACCUUUGGGGGAAAACAAAUCACCUGUGCUUCUGGAAGAGAUCUUUUGCAGGCUACAGCUAUGUGUUACCCAUCAUCACCAUCCAUCUUCACUACAGCCCCACAGAAACCAGUCAAGUCUCAAGAUUCUUGGGGCUCAUCCACUACGCUGCAGACCACACUGACAUCAAGCCAGAACCACAACAUCAACAAAGACCAGACACCCGUGCUCGGCAACACGUGGAAGUUCGUGGCAGGUGUUGCAGCCUUGGCGCUGACCACCUCCAUGCUCAUUGCGUGUGCCAUAAAGGGGCCUUCCUUGUACAAGCUCUUCCACAACUACCGUCAUCGCCGGCUGCGCCAGGAGGAGGAAGACGUUGUGACGACAGUCUUCUCUGAGACGGGGAGAUACGUGAACCAACAGACAUUCACCUUCAAACAAGAGAAUGGGCAGAUAGAGGAGGAGGAUGGGUAUUUUGAGGAUCCAUACAUCAAGAGCGAAGAGUGAGAUGGAGGAGACUUCAGCAGAACCACAAAGAGAAAAACAGCAGCUGGAAUAUGUCCAGGCUACAUCACCCAAGGUGGAUAACUUGACAAGUGAAUAAAAUCAUUUAACUAUGCAUCAUCAUUCUAGGGGUUACUUAAACAUUGUCCUGGCUCUGUGGCUCCUCCUCUAAGAGUUUUGUACUGUUUCUAUUAUAACUUUAACAUUUGAGCUCUUUUCAACUAACAGGCCUCUCUUUCCAGCUGACAAAUACAUGUUACAUUUAAGUACCACGAAUACAUUGACUUAAAUAUAGCACAGAUGUAGGGCUUUGCAUGGCAAUUGUUUGAAGAGCUACCCAUAUACUUUCCUUUGCAAGUCUGCCCAAGAUGAAAUUUUUGGAUUCUUGCCUCUGCUUCAGUAAUUUUUUUAAAAGCUGCACUCAAAACCAAUAAAAGAUUAACACAUAAAUUGGUUGAUUUGUGCUACAUUCUAAAGAUCAAAUUGUUGUCCAACUGUAAAAUGCAGCUAACAUUUCCAAAAUCGAUCAUUGAUGACACC